CUUUCCUAAGACAACAGAAAUCACACUCACACACUGCCUGGAUUUAGACUCCUGAGAGUUUCUGCAUGUAGCUCUGAGUUUAAAGUGUAACACUUCUGUACAACAGACCUGAAGGAGAAAAAGAAAGAAGAAGAAGAAGAGAAACACAUUCACUCAAAACAAGGCUCCGUCUCCUCCUGCAGGCUUUUAUCUCAGGAGGGACGCGAUGACCCCAAAGUUACCAGCAGUAGAAUCAUGUCUCCUUUCAUUUCUAUUGGUCUCCAGUAUGUAUCUGCUGAGAGCUGAAUACUCCAACUGUGGAGAAAAUGAGUUUUAUAACCACAGCAGCUGUCAGCCGUGUCCACAGUGUCCACCAGGACAGGAGCCCUUCAUGAACUGUGGCUACGGUGUUAAAGAUGAAGACUAUGACUGUGUGUCGUGUCCACCGGGGAAAUUCUCAAGGGGAAAAUAUGAGAUCUGUCGUCGUCAUAAAGAAUGUAAUGCAGUGUACAAAGCCACAGUGCACACGCCAGGGACGAGAGAGAGUGACGCAGAAUGUGGACCCUGUUUACCUGGGUACUACAUCUUGGAAAAUCGUCCGAGGAACAUCUACGGAAUGAUGUGUCAUUCCUGUCAGAACGCUCCACGGAACACCAGAGAGUGUAUGCGAACGACACCCGUUUCCUCAAACCGUGGCUCAGGAAUAUCGUCCACCAGCUCCACCACGUUCCCUCAUGCUGAAAAAGAUCUGACAGGACAGGGUCACCUAGCAACAGCCCUUAUCAUCGCCAUGUCAACCAUCUUCAUCAUGGCCAUCGCCAUAGUGAUGAUCAUAAUGUUUUACAUCCUGAAAGGCCAAGCAUGCUGUUCAGGCCAAAUGGUGAAAGCCAUAGAGGCUCCAACAAGCAAGCAAGAGGAGAAAAAAGAAGGCCAAGAGAAUGCUGUAAAAUUCACAGAGAAGGACGAGUUCAAACCUCCUCCAGUAAAAGCAGUAAAGAGUGAAAACGACGCGUCAUCUGAGAACGAGCAGCUGCUGAGCCGCAGCAUCGACAGUGAUGAAGAAGCAGCACAGGAGAAGCAGGGAGCCGCCGAUCUCUGCAUUUUAUCCCUUGUUCAUCACACACGAGACAAAACCUGCUCAAGUAACACAGUCACCAACAACAACAACACAACUGUGGGGAUUCACAGUCGAAGGAAAAAAAUCCUGGAGUUGUACGCCAAAGCUUGCAGUGUUGCUGAGGGUCUGAGUCCGGUCGAGCUGCCAUUCGACUGUCUGGAGCGAACGAGCCGCAUGCUGAGUACCACCUACAGUGCAGACAAGGCGCUAGUCAGGACGUGGCGUCACCUGGCCGAGAGCUUCGGAUUAAAACGUGACGAAAUCGGAGGAAUGACAGAUGGCAUGCAGCUUUUUGACCGCGUCAGCACGGCCGGAUACAGCAUCCCGGACCUGCUGGCUCGACUCGUCCAGAUCGAGAGGUUGGACGUGGUUGAAGCCCUGUGCUUCGAUAUUCUGGGAGUGCCCCCUUCUGGUCAGCAUCUCACAAUCUCUUCACGUUGUGCUAGCGUUUGAGAGACCUGAGAUCUCAUAAAUAUGACAAUGAAGAAAAUCAAUAUUAAUAUUGUGUUGAUAUUCUCAAGCGCAGCGCCCGCAACCAGCCUUCAUUUUUUUUUUUUUUUUUUAGAAAAGUCCACAAAAGUCUAAUGUUGUGCUGGACACCAAGAAUUAAGGACCUUGUCUUCACCAGAAAACAUCAUUAUUUUCCUCCUGAAUGAAGUGACUGACCGUUAUGAGAAAAUGAUCAGUUAAACAAAUUCAAGAAUUGCAAAAGUUUCUUAAGAAUCUUUUUUAUCCUCCAAUGAAGGAUUGUGUCUGAAAUGUCAUGAUAAACAGGAUUAAUCACCAGAAUUAAUUCAACUUAUACUUUAUACUUUUUUUAUUCACAGUUAGGAUGCUGAUAUUAAGCUGAUGAUAUUAUCAACCCUGACAGCUACAGCUACCGAACCUUUGGAGCUAAAACAAAAGGGCAGCGUCUUAACGGAAAAAUCUCUGAAUUGGUUUAAAUUGUAUUUAAAAAUGCAAUUUUCAUUUAAAUUUGUCUGAAGUUUUAGAACAGAAGCUUCAGACUUACCCUCGGUAUUUUGAAGUAUGCACAGUUACAAUAUUGCGUGUUGAAUAUCGCAAUAUAUAUCGUAUAAAAGAUUAUCGGCACAUGUCUAAUAUAUAGAUAUAUUUAUAGUUCUAUAGUGAGAUGUACGAGAUCUGACAAAAAUGUUUCUUAACGACUUCAAAUUUCUGUGGACCAAAUGUUGGAAUGAGAGAAAGAAGUGUGUGUGUGUGUGUGUGUGUGUGUGUGUUUGUGAUGCCCUUGUAACCACAGCUAAUUCUGUGGUUCUUGUCCUAAUUUUUUUAAUUAGUGGCUUUAUGACUUGCAGUAUAAAGGGCCUGUGCUUUCCUGUCACCUCAUUAACUAAAAAAAGCAACACAGCAGAAGGAAAGUCUAAAAGAUGGUUAAUAAGCUUUCAGUCAUUCUUUAAGAGCUCUGCAUCUGAGUUUAUGGUGUGCUGUUGAUCGUUUCAAGUGAUCGGACUUGAGCAGCAGAACCACGCGGAAAUGACAUUACACAUUUCACGCUGUGUGUUUGUGUGUUUUCUUCAUAUGGCGAGCUGUUUGACAGCUAAAUAGAGCAGAGCUUCAAGUGAAACCCAAGGACUCAGAAAGCUUUAAGACAUCUGGUUAAUCUCGCCGUGUACAGACCCGCUCGAGUUACCUCAUCUUCUGCAAAACACAGCUUCUCCCCAGUCUGAGUGGACAGAUCAUUAACUUAUUACUGUACAUAUGCAUCAUGUUAAGAAACAGCAAUAAAAUAAUUAUUUAGA